AUGCAAUCUCAUUUUUUAGGACUUCCAAAAUCAGAAGUGGUUGUCUCUGAUACAGCUAAAGUGCGUACUUUCAAGUGUGGACUCCCCCGGGAGUGCCCUGUUGACCAUUUUGCAUUUCACAUAAAGAGUGGCGCAGCAAAUGUUGUGGGCCCAAAGAUCUGUUUUGAGGAUCAUGUUAUCAUGAGCAGUGUUUUAAACAACAUAGGACCAGGUCUGAAUAUUGCCCUCAUAAACGGUGUCACCGGGAAAACUGAGAAGAAUGGUUACUUUAACAUGUACUCUGGAAAAGUGGAAGACCUACUGCAAUUUCUAAAAGACAUUAAGCCUGGAACGAUUGUUCUUGUAGCUUCAUAUGAUGAUCCAGCAACAAAGCUGACAGAUGAAGCCCAGAAUGUAUUCACCAAUCUAGGAAGCACUAUGAUCAAGUCUUUAAAAUUCAGAGAUACCUGGGUUUUUGCGGGAGCAUCUGGAAUUACAGAUAAAAGUCCCUUUGAAAGGCACAUGAAGAAUGAGCGUGAGAAGAAUAUUUAUGACGGCUGGCCAGAGAUGCUGGAGUUGGGUGGAUGCUUCCCUAAGACGUUGUGA